GCUUGCCAGGGUUCCUCGACACCUUGUGCCGAGUCUUCACUAUCUCCUUCCACAAGAAGCUUUCUAGGGUUUCCCAAGAACCCUCAUACCUGUCCUCCAUCCCAUUCGUCGAAAAAAUUUCUAGGGUGUCCUCAAGAAUCCCCGUGCCCUCUUCCGAACGAACGGUGCGAAGGUCGAGGGAAAUGCCGAUCUACAAGAUUAGGGGGAUCGAUGUGGAUUUCCCCUUCGAAGCCUACGAUUGCCAGAUCGUCUACAUGGAGAAGGUCAUCCAGUCCUUGCAAGAGCAGGGAUGUAAUGCUUUGUUGGAGAGUCCCACUGGAACAGGAAAAACUUUGUCCCUCCUGUGUGCCACAUUGGCUUGGAGGAAGAGUUUGGGUGACUUCCUAACCACGACAAAUGAAGACAAGAAUCGGUAUUCUGGAAGUCAGCACUCCCAAAGUCAAUCAACAGAGAAUCCGCGAUCAAAUUAUCCUGUCAUCAUAUACACUUCACGCACUCACAGCCAGUUGAAGCAGGUUAUCAGAGAGCUAAAAACUAGUAACUACAGGCCAAAAAUGGCAGUAUUAGGUUCUCGUGAGCAGAUGUGUAUUCAUGAUGAAGUACGUUUACUUCGUGGUAGAGCACAGAACAAUGCUUGCCAUUACCUCUGCAAGAAACGGCUCUGCCGCCAUUAUACUCGUGUUUCUGAGUACAUGAAGUCACAUCAUGAACCUGGAAAUGAGCCUUUUGACAUAGAAGAUUUGGUUAAUAUUGGAAGAACUAAGGGGCCAUGCCCAUACUACCUAUCCCGAGAGCUUCACAAGGUUGUUGAUAUCUUGUUUGCCCCUUACAACUAUCUUAUCGAUCCUGGAAAUCGGCGUUCUCUAAUGGGAAUCCAAUGGAACAAUGCUGUGCUUAUUUUUGAUGAAGCACACAAUCUGGAGGGCGUAUGUGCAGAUGCAGCUUCAUUUGACUUGCCUUUGGGUUCUCUGACUGCUUGCAUUUCAGAAGCAAAACAAUGUGUUGAUGUUUGUAUAGCGAGGAGGGUAAUUGAAAAAUCAGCUGAUAAGCAACGUGACCCAGAUAAUUAUGCUAUUCUUAGAGCCCUUCUACUGAAGCUUGAAAAGCGGAUUGCUGAGGUCACUAUUGAAUCCAAAGAGUUAGGUUUCACAAGACCUGGGAAUUACAUAUAUGAGUUCCUUUCUGAUCUUAACAUAACAUAUGAGACUGCCAAUAUGCUUAUUGAUACAAUUGAUAAUGCUGCUCUUCUUCUUGAGGAAGAAAGCAUGACUGAUACUGGAAUGCAAACAAAAACAAAGGGAACUGUAUGCAGAUUAGAAAGCAUCCGGGAUAUUCUCAAUAUUAUCUUCAGGGAUGGUGGCAAAAGUCACUCAAAGUUUUAUUGUUUUCAUGUGCAGGAGUCUCAGCAAAGUAACAUGGAUUCUUUUAAAGGCAAGGUAUCAAGGACACUUAGCUGGUGGUGUUUCAACCCAGGACUUGCCAUGGAAGAAUUCAUAAGGCUGGGGGUCCGCUCUAUCAUAUUGACAUCUGGCACUUUGUCUCCCUUAGAUUCAUUUGCUUUGGAAUUGAACCUCAAGUUUCCAGUUAGGUUGGAGAACCCUCAUGUUAUAUCUCCCCAUCAAAUCUGGGUUGGUGUUGUACCAAGUGGCCCAUCUGGUUACCCCUUAAAUUCUUCCUACCGGAAUCGUGAUUUUCUAGAAUACAAGCAAGAACUUGGCAAUGCUAUAGUUAAUUUUGCUCGAAUUGUGCCUGAUGGAUUGCUUGUGUUCUUCCCUUCAUACUACAUGAUGGACCGGUGCAUUGAGUGCUGGAAAAAUAAGGGUCAUUCAAGCUCAACAGAUUUCAGUACAAUCUGGGAUAGGAUCUGCAGAACCAAACAACCUGUUGUAGAGCCUAGACAAUCAUCACUUUUUCCACAUGCAAUUGAGGAUUUUGAAGCUAAGUUGCGUGACAGUACUACUUCUGGGGCAAUUUUUUUUGCAGUUUGUCGCGGCAAAGUAAGUGAGGGCCUUGAUUUUGCUGACCAGGCUGGGAGAGCUGUGGUAAUAACUGGCAUGCCUUUUUCUAUGAAGACUGACCCCAAGGUUCGUCUCAAACGUCAGUACUUGGAUCAGCAGGCUUUGUCCCAGAAUAAGGACUCCAAGGUUCUGACCGGGGAGGAGUGGUAUGUCCAGCAAGCAGCAAGGGCUGUGAAUCAGGCUGUUGGGCGCGUCAUUAGACAUCGUCAUGAUUAUGGAGCUAUAAUUUUCUGUGAUGAAAGGUUUGCACAACAAAAUCGUCAAUGCCAAAUGUCAUACUGGCUGCGGCCUCAUAUCAAGUGCUACCCCAAAUUUGGGGACGUAGUCUUUACAUUGACUAGAUUUUUUCGAGAAAAAGGCACUUGCGGAACUUUGAAACCAAAACCAGCUGAAACCUUAAGCAUAGUGAAAACAAGGCUUCCUGAACACAAGAUCUCACUACCGAAAAUGCUUCCCUGUUUGGCUUCAACUACUGAACAUUGUUCCAGAAAGUCACUAUCAUCUGUACUGGCAGAUUCGAGAAGCAACAUCUUCAAUAAGUUGGGGCAAGUAGUUCCUGCAAAUCGUUCAACACUUUCUAACAAAGCCAAUUGUCACUUGACUGUACAUAAUUUACGAGAAAGCAGCUUAAAAGAAAGUCAGUGUCAUGACGAUGAAGUGGUUGAUUUGACUAGUGAUACACCUUAUCAUGAACAGCCAAUUGAAGAUGCUUCAACACCUUCCAUAAAAAAGCUAAGAACAUCGAAAAUUGAUUCUAGUGUGGUUGACUGUGAAUGUGAUGAAUGGUUACAUAAUGGCCAUUCAAGAAGUUCAUUGGAAAAAUUUUCCUCCAGUAGCAGUACAGGGGGACAUAAUAAAGAAAUAUCAGGGCUUUCACCUUAUGGUUCUGUAAACUAUGGAACUUAUGACAAGGAUAUUUGUACACAACAUGGCCAAUUUGGUUCAGCAAUGAUAUCUAAUGGUGAAAUAAAUACAGAGAAAACUACUGAGAAACCAUCUCGAGAGGAGGAUAUUCGGAGUAGUUCAUUGCCUCAUGGUGAUAAGGAAACAAGAGGUUCUGCUUUCUUGAUGCAGGUUCAAGAGAAACUUACUGUUGCAGAGUAUAAAGAGUUUGUAGGUUUGAUGAAGGCAUUGAAAUCGAAGACCAUGAAGAUUACAUCUGUACUGGGGUCAAUUGCAAAAUUAUUCUUUGCUCCAGAAAGGAUUUGUCUUCUUAAAAGGUUCAAAGAUUUUGUUCCUACGAAAUAUCAUCCCAUAUACGAGGAACAUCUCAGAGCUAAUGGUGCAGCAGAUUAAGACGGAUGUAAGAAAUUGUCAGGUGAUUUGCUACUUGGUUAAGUCGAAGAUCAUAUUUCUCUAAUUAUUUUUGUAUAUUAAUUUGUCAAUUCAAUUUACCAUAGUUUACUGCCUUUGGCCACUCUGUAGUUGAUUCAAGCCUAUUAUCAACUACUUGUAGCAAGAUGAGAAAGUAAUGAUAGGGCAUAAAGAACUACGUUUUACCUGAUCCCUUCGGACUGAUAUAGAAGUUUUGAUGAUUUCUAUGUGAAAUUGAAGUUGAGAGCUUUGGCACCCAGUACUAUAACGGUGCAUCUCUGAUCAGUUUUCAGAUUAACAAGUUUCAUAAGUUCUACAAUUGUGAUACAACUAGGGAAUAAACUGAUCUUUUCAUUGAUCAUGUGCUGUCUGACAAAUGUACUGUUGGUUUUCUACAUUGAACUUAUUGUUCGAAUGAUCAAGCAACAUCACAGAUGAACAAAACUGCAUUAGAAUCUGCAUGCUAACAUGUGUUACUGUGUUUCAUCGGUUCUCAAGCAUGAUUGUACAACUAUGGGGAUCAAGCUUCAUAUAUAUAUAUAUAUAUAUAAGCUAGGUUAGAAUCAAGUCGAUCGGUAUUUGAACUCAGAUCCGAUCAGGUACAAAACUCCAUAAUAGGGAUCCUACAUCGAUGAUUCAAGUCAUUAAAUGUGAUCUACUGCCUCAAAACUACUUGUCCACAAAAAAUUAUAUGAUUUGUAAAUCCUUAGUCUAUGCAUCAAGAAGUCAAAAAUUAGGACAGCCUAAAUAAAAUUCAAUUAGAUAUAUUUUUUGAUCACUUGAUGCAUAGGCUAAGGGUCUUCAAAUCAUAUGACUUUUGGUGUGCAAGUACUUUUGAGGUAGUAGAUUACAUCUAAUGGCUUGGAUUAUUGAUGUAGGAUCUCUAUUAUCCAAUUUUGAUUUGAUCGGAUCUGAGUUUAA